UUCGAUAGUCAAUUGACUAUACUACACCAAACUCGCUCCGCUCUUCUCAUUGCAACUUUUGCAGGGUCUCUACAGUCAUGUUAUACUCUAGCUCAAGUCAACCUGCAAUUUGGCUCAACAUUUGAGCUAAAAACAAUUCACAAUCCGCGGGGUUGUGUUGCAGAAAUCUUCCUUUAUAAUUUUUCCGUGGACUGAGCACGAAUUUGGAACCCUGGAUGGGAUUUUAGACAUGUUUUCUCACUAAUAAACUGGGCUAGUAAUGCAGGAGACAGAGUCUCUGUCAGUGGCUCAAGAUGGCAGAUUUUUAUUGAGUUCUGAACAGAUAUCUUGCUUUAUUUUCUGCCAUGAAUAACAGAAGUCCUUGCACCGAUGGCCCCUGUGUACGAAGGUAUGGCCUCGCAAGUGCAAGUCUUGUCCCCUCACACUCUCCAGUCAAGUGCCUUCUUUAGCGUGAAGAAGCUGAAGGUGGAGCAGAGUUCAUACUGGGAUAUGACAGGGUACGGCACGCACAGCAAAGUCGUCUACAACCAGAACCACAAGCAGCAAUUGUCCCAAGCCACCUCUCUGGGAAUCAAUUCCUCUCUGCCCUACGAGCAGCCUGCGCUCAUCUUCCCGGCGAGUGCGGGGAAAAUUGUGGUUGCCUCGGCCAGCAGUACCUCAGGCACUGCAGGGCCUCUGGGGCCUCUGUUGAGCUUGGGCGGUAGCGGUAGCGGUAGCGGCGGUGGAGGCAGUAGCAGUAGCGGAGGAGGAAGCGGUGGAGCAGUCCACAACCUGACCCGUCGCAGCACCGUCAGCCUGCUGGACACCUACCAGCGAUGCGGGCUUAAGCGCAAGAGUGAGGAGCUCGACAACAGCAACAGCAGCGUGACGAUCAUCGAGGAGCACGGCGGCAGCACAACGAUGAUCCAGAACGCAGCCAGCGGGGCCACAGUGGCCAUUGCCAUGGCAACGACCACAUCGACAGCCACCUCCAAGAACAGUGGUUCCAACAAUGAAGGGGACUACCAGUUGGUGCAGCACGAGGUGGUCUGCUCCAUGACCAACACCUAUGAGGUGCUAGAGUUCUUGGGCAGAGGCACCUUUGGCCAAGUGGUCAAGUGCUGGAAGAGGGGCACCAACGAGAUUGUGGCCAUCAAGAUCCUGAAGAACCACCCAUCGUACGCGCGCCAGGGCCAGAUCGAGGUGAGCAUCCUGGCCCGGUUGAGCACAGAGAGUGCAGACGACUUCAACUUUGUGCGUGCCUACGAGUGCUUCCAGCACAAGAACCACACAUGCCUGGUGUUCGAGAUGCUGGAGCAGAACCUGUACGACUUCCUCAAGCAGAACAAGUUCAGUCCGCUGCCGUUGAAGUACAUUAGGCCAGUCUUACAGCAGGUGGCCACAGCCUUGAUGAAGCUCAAGAGCCUGGGCCUGAUCCACGCUGACCUGAAGCCAGAGAACAUCAUGUUGGUGGACCCCUCCAGGCAGCCCUACCGAGUCAAGGUCAUUGACUUUGGCUCGGCCAGCCACGUGUCCAAAGCUGUGUGCUCCACCUACCUGCAGUCCAGAUACUACAGAGCUCCAGAGAUCAUCCUGGGCCUGCCCUUCUGUGAGGCCAUCGACAUGUGGUCCCUGGGCUGUGUCAUCGCUGAGCUCUUCCUAGGCUGGCCCCUUUACCCAGGGGCCUCCGAGUACGACCAGAUCCGAUACAUCUCUCAGACACAGGGGCUGCCUGCGGAGUACCUCCUGAGUGCAGGGACUAAGACUAACAGAUUCUUCAACAGAGACACAGACUCCACCAACUACCCCCUGUGGAGGCUGAAGACACCAGAGGACCAUGAGGGAGAGACGGUGAUCAAGUCCAAGGAGGCCCGGAAGUACAUCUUUAACUGCCUGGAUGAUAUGGCUCAGGUUCAGAGCACUGUGAAUAUGACAUCAGAUUUGGAGGGCAGUGACAUGCUGGCGGAGAAGGCAGACCGUAGAGAGUUCAUCGACUUGUUGACCAAGAUGCUUACGAUCGACGCGGACAAACGGAUCACCCCCAUCGAGACCCUCAAUCACCCAUUCGUAACCAUGACCCACCUCCUUGACUUCCCCCACAGCACACAUGUCAAGUCCUGCUUCCAGAACAUGGACAUCUGUAAGCGUCGUGUGGGCAUGUACGACACGGUCAACCAGAGCAAAACCCCUUUCAUCGCCCACGUGGCCCCCAGCACCUCUACCAACCUUACCAUGACCUUCAACAACCAGCUCAACACUGUGCACAACCAGGCCACCAACCUGGCUCCCUCCACCACCAGUACCACCCUUUCCCUUGGCAACCCCGAUGUCUCCAUAUUAAACUACCGAUCUGCACUCUACCAGCCCUCAGCGGUGGCACAGAGGGGCAUGCCCCUGCAUCCUGUGGCCCCUCAACUCUGUGCUGCCCGGCCUGACCCCUUCCAGCAGGCCCUCAUCGUCUGCCAACCUGGCUUCCAAGGUAUGCAGGCCUCCCCGUCCAAACACACGGGCUACUCUGUGCGGAUGGAUAACGCCGUUCCCAUAGUGACGCAGGCCCCCGGCACCCAGCCCCUGCAGAUCCAGCCAGGCCUGUUGACACAGCAGGCCUGGCCCAAUGGCACCCAGCAGAUCCUUCUCCCCCCCGCCUGGCAGCAGCUCACCCACACCUCAGUCCAGCACGCCACCGUCAUCCCUGACUCCAUGACGGCCUCCCAGCCCCUGGCUAACUGGAGGAAUUCUCACCCACACGGCGGCCAUUACAAUCCCAUCAUGCAACAGCCUGCGCUGCUGGCUGGCCACGUCACCCUCCCAUCCAACCACAACCAGCCUCUCAAUGUGGGCGUGGCCCAUGUGAUGAGGCAACCGUCAACCAAUAACAACAACUCAUCUUCCAAAAAGAACAAGCAGCAUCAGAUGACUGCCAGGAACGUGUCUGCGUAUGAGGUGUCCUCCUCCCAGGCGGUACAAUCACCACAGCGCUCCAAGCGGCUGAAGGAGAACACCCCUCCACGUUGUGCUGUGCUUCAGAACAACGGCCCUUCCUCCAGCUCCAGCUGCGGACCCCCCCUGGGCUGUGGAGGGUGGGGACGGGGCGAGGCAGAGCAGGCCUCUAGCACCACCAGGGAUCACCAUCAGCACCACAACGGGCAGCGUCAGACCAUCAUCAUCCCUGAUACGCCCAGCCCUGCCGUCAGCAUCAUCACCAUCAGCAGUGACACGGACGAGGAGGAAGAUCACAAGAAUAGCAACACCUACCAUACUAGCUCAUUCAGGCAGAGGAAGAACGUCAUCAGCUGUGUCACAGUACACGACUCCCCCGACUCUGACUCAUCCAGUAACAACAGUCCCUAUGCAGUAGAGUCCAGGCAGCCCAACAACAACGGCUACCAUGACUCCAAGACCACCCUGCUGGACAACUACAGCAACGGAAACAACCUUCGCUCCAUCAUCAUCCCCCCUCUGAAGAGCCAGUCCAGCGAGGUGCUGAGCGAGUGUGAGCGCCUGAUGCCAGGUACCUACACAGAUAUCUACACAGAUGCAAUGAAUCAUCAGAAUUCGGCAUACAAGUUCAAAACCUCCAACGGUGCGGGCAUGGUGUCUGGCAACAACCACCUGUCAGGGGGCGUGGCUUACCGACAGCAGCGCUCGGGGCCAAACCCCUUCCAGCAGCAGCAGCCUCUCAAUCUCAGCCAGGUAUGGAGAGAGAGCCAAGCCCAGCAUCACAUGGUAACUGAGCGGAAUGGAGGCCACCGGCAUCAGCAGGCUUACAUCACCCCAACCAUCGCAGCCCAGGCCCCCUACUCCUUCCAGCACCACAACAGCCCCUCUCACACUGCCAACGUCCACACCCACCUGGCUGCCACCCACCUGGCUGCCACCCACCUGCCCGGCCAGCCCCACCUCUACACCUACACUGCCACGCCCGCAGCACUGGGCUCCACGGGCACUGUGGCCCACCUGGUGGCAACCCCGGGCUCUGCCCGCCACACGGUCCAGCACACCACAUACCACACACCGGGCAUUGUUCACCAGGUACCCGUCAGCAUGGGGCACCACGUGCUGCCCUCACCCACCCUGCACCACAGCCAGUACCAGGCUCAGUUUGCUCACCAGACGUACAUCAGCGCCUCGCCUGCCUCCACUGUCUACACUGGAUACCCACUGAGCCCCACCAAGGUGAACCAGUACCCUUACCUCUAGAGCCAAGCCAACACACUGGAGACCCAGACCCCCAGAUCCAGAUCCCAGCAAUGCUGCUGCUGCUGCUCACUCCAUGUCCUCCCUCCCCAUCCCCACUCCACAGACAGAGAGAUAGAGAGAGAGAGAUGCAAUCUUCAUAAAACUGUCACGUUUACUUGAAGACAUAAUGACAGAGAGGAAAAAGGUAAAUAAAUAGACAGAAAGGAGAGGUGGAAUUUCUAUUAUUACUUUUCUUUUCCCCAACAAAUCUCCAAAAGGGCCAGUUUUGCUUUGUUUUCUUCCUUGGUUAUAUUUCUACUUUCAAAUGAGAGUAAUUUCUCAUUAUUUUACAGCAAGGUCUUCAUAACGGGCCUUUGGGAGAGGUGGAGGCUUUUUGUUUGUUGUUGUUUUCCCGUCUUGAAUUGGAAAGGGCCUGUUUAACAAGGAGUCCCUCUGAAUGUUGGGAUUCCCAUCAUAACAAUUCCCGUGAGGAUUUGGGAAUGAAGGUGAAAUACGGAAACCUGCUGCUCUUCAAAGAAUACAACAAAUAAUGAUGGCCUUGAACUGUCUUAAACAUUUCCAAAUCAUUCAAUGUGUGGGGGAGAGAGAACGAAGCACCCCUCCACAUCCCACACCCAUCCUUCUCCAACAGACAACUGGAGUCAGGAGUCUUCUGGAAAUAUAAUCAACAAAAGACACACAAAAAAAGAAGGUAUUUUCCCUUUAUUUUUUAGUUCUCACCUUUUUGAGGAGACUUAUGUUUUAGCUACAGGAGUUGUAGCUAAGCCCUGUUUUUAGAAUGUAGCAGUCUGCACCCAGAUUAUUUUAUCAAUAGCUUUCUGAUACCAAUAGAAUUGAUUUGUUCCUCUUCUUUCAUUGUGAUUGCACAAGUGGUUAUAAUAACAUAGGCAUGUACAACGUGAUUGUCUGUGUGUGCGUGUGCUACUGUCAGCCAUGUGUGUGUAGUCCACCUCUUGCACCUUUGUGCUAUAAUACUUGUAAUCCUCCGCAGUCUUAGGUUUGACCAUUGUUCCCUCGUAGUGCCUUACAGAUAGAACCACACAGUUUACUUCGCUGGAACCUUGAGAACCAACAGACUAGCUGGAACUGGUUCCUUUCUUUGACGUCUUAUUGUCGGGGCAGAUUUGAUUUCUCUUCCAGGUGUAGGCUUAGCCCCUAGCUCUGUGUCCUAUCCUUAUGACAGUAUACUACUGCCAUAAGAGGUUAGAGUUCAUAUUUAACUGACCUUUGGCUUUUUUGUAAAGUGUACAUGAGUUUAACUUGCCUGGGGUACUGAACCAAAGUCGUUAGAUCAAUCCUCUUUACAUUGUGUGCUGGAUAUACAUUUUAAUUUGUGUACAGUAUAACUGUAAGUCACCGUGGCGCACAUACAUACAAUGGCUUUAGUUUGAGAUGUGUUACUUUUAUAUCACACAAGGGAGUCGGUGCCCAGGAAUAAUAGAACAGAGAAGUAUCAACACAAGGAUCCAAUUAGGGGUAAUGGAAAAAGCAAAAAUACAAGAAAGUGACUGUCAAAAACAUUUAUGUGGUGAGUUCAUUUGACACAUCAAUAGUCCAGAGUUCGAGAAAAAAUAGGAACCUGAGGUUAAACACUAAGCCAGUAGAAAGGCCUGAUGGGAAGUGGUGGUUGCUAUGGCGGCAAUUUUCAGAAGCUAUCGAGAGAGAGCCUGGUGGUUUGCAGUAGGGAAGCAGAGUAUUGAGGACUGUUGAGAAGGGUUGCUCCGUACGAGUAAGACCUGGGUUCAAAUAAUAUUUGAAAUCUUUUAAAUAAUUCUAACGUUUGCUUUAGAAUUCCUGCAGUGCCAGAUGGGCGGCGUUUGCAGUUUUUCAACUAUUGCAUUACGCCAGGCAAACUCAAUCAAGCCCAGCUAAAGUAUUUUAAAUUAUUUUAAAUAGUAUUUCAACCCAGGUCUGGCAGGAGUGAGUGAGUGAGUGAGUGAGUGAGUGAGUGAGUGAGUGAGUGAGUGAGUGAGUGAGUGGUAGAAAGCAUUUGGUUGGUCUGGGUAGGAACUGAGGAUGGCAGAGUGGUAGUGUGGCAUUCCUCAUGUAAAUGGGACUAAGAGAAUAGCAUGUUGGCAUGGAGCAGGUUGCUAGUAACAGUGGCGGUGGGUAGGAGUUACAGGAGCACUGCAGGAAUGCACACCUAACUCUGAUACAAGUUGUUGUAUUGUUGUAGUGGUUUUGUAUAGAUAAAUGGAAGUUAUUUAGUCAUUUCUGCCCUGAGGGUUGUGUAGCACCUCUCCACAUAGAGAGAGACGUGAACGGAACAGAAAUGCUACUGCGUACACCUGGAAGGGCUUACUAUGAAAUGGUCUUCAUUUGUUGACACUGUAUCCAUUUUGUAUUCGGAAUCAUGUGUUCACAGAUAGCAUACCACCAGAAAGGAAUACCUAAUAGUAAGAGAACUGAUUGGGCUAUUGCUUCUAUGUGUUUGCUGCUUAAUUUAAUAUCAGUUGUAUUUCUCGUAGCCAAUGAUAUACGAUUACUAUGUUUGUUGUAGUGUCCUCAUGAAGUAGGCACAUCAUAAAUACUUGUGGUUUUAGUUAGAGCCUUCCCCCUUAUCCCUUCAUGUCAUGCCAUAGUACUUGCAUUUUAAGUGAUUAUUUUAUUUCUACGUUAUUAUUGAACUUUUGAAAUGUAUGUAGGUACAGUAUAAACUGUAUUGUGUUAUUUUACAGAUUGUUGCAAUAAUUCUUGUGGAUGUUUUUAUCAGUGAUUUGUUAUUAGGCUCAUUUCUAAGUUGAUUUGUAACUGGGAGUUGCUGUACAGUGAUGUUAUGUAUUCAUAAGGAGGGGUGUAUACCUCUGUAAAGUGUUCAGGCACCGUUGACAAUAAUAAAGUUAUAAAGUUGACAAUAAUCCAUUUGGGCCCUUAUGGGUAGGUAGCUUAGACUUGAGUGUGUCAGACCAAGGUUUGCUCCCUAAACUAAACCUAAAACAACAACAUUUUGAUACUUCACCAAUAGGCCACCACACUCCCUCCAGCUGGCUCCACCAUGUAAGCCUUGGGUUCCAGGCAGUCAAAGAUGUGAUGCGUAGCAUGUAUAGGUUGCUGGUUACAUCAUUUUCUUUCUGCUCUGUGGUGUAUCUUUGUUGGUACUUUUUUUGUUGAUUUCCACGAGGCCUGUGGGCCUAAGAACACAGAUACGGGAGAUGCUUUUCCACAUGAGUGGUUGGCCCCUCCAUAAAGAUGCAGACUACUGAAACAUUCCACCAUAGGAAGAAUCUGGCAUCCAUACUGCACACCCUACAGUCUCCAUAGCUCUCUGAUCUGAUGACUUGUCAUUUUUGGACCUUUCUUUCUUCCCACCAAAGAAAUUCAACAUGUUGACGAUGUACAGUACAAACACAAAUAAUCCCCAUGUGGUCUGGCAAUAACUUCUGGUCCAAACAAGUACCUUUACAGCACGUUGAGUGUGCUUUGAGGGCUAUUGAUGGGUUUUAAGCUAAUGUUAGUGUGUGAGGUGUACAGAUACUACAGUAGAACGCCAGUAUGGGCACAACACACACAUACAUGAAUGAUUCAAGUUGCCAUAAUAUCUUAAGCUAUUUGACUGCCAAUUGCAGUCCACCAUUCUCAAACAUCUAUGAUUCGAAGAAAAUAUGUUUUAGAUCUGUCACUCGUUACCCCCUAAAUGUUCCAUUACUCCCUAAUGUUCGUUACCCCCUAAAUGUUCUAUUACCUCCUAAUGUUCGUUACCCCCUAAAUGUUCCAAUGUUGAAUCUCAAACUUCUCUCUGAAUUGUUUUACAUGUAAGUGUUUUUUACGUUGUUAAAGUUAUAUUUUAGCUUUAUUAAUGUUGUAAGCAGAUUAGUUUGUAAAAAACAAAAACAUGUUAUAAGUUAGUGCGCCAUGGAAUGACCUAUAGAGUGAAAUAAAAAACAAAAAAUACCUUUAAAAUAAUGGUCACUAGCACAAAAUGAAUAUAAUAUGUGACCUUCUUCAUCUGAAAUGCUUAUAUAUUUCUGCGUGAGUGAUCAUUCAUUAAAGUAAAGAUUUGAGUUCUACAUUGGCGCCUGCACCGCCAGGGUUGUGGGUUAGAUUCCCGGGGCCACGCAUACGUAAACAUGUAUGACUGUAAGUUGCUUUGGAUACAGGUGUCUGCUAAAUGGCAUAUAUUAUUAUUGCAAAAACAAUUGUUGCCGUGCAAGAUGCAAUAAGUCUGAUUCCAGCUAAAACAACUUGACUCAACAUAAAUUCAUAGAAAAAUGAAAAAUGUUUCUUCCAAUAUUGGGUUUUCAAAUAUUAUUUAUUUGAUUUUAUUAAAACAUUUUCAAGUAUUAUCUAUAUUUAGCAAUAUACGAGAAGCCCUUUUGACCCUACACUCAAUUUUGUUUCAAUGGACUUGCUGUAUUUGGAAUGAAAUAACAUUUUGAGGGGUAAAAUAUUUUAGCGACGUACCACUUUGUUUAUGGAAAACAUCAUUCAGAAUGUGAGCAUCGACGUAGAUCCUUACAAUUACCAAAAUAUGGUAUUCUUGUGCUAAUGAAGUUUGUUUACUUUGAACAUCAUCUCUCCCGUGCUACAGUAGACAUUUCAAUGUUAGAAUAAUGCCUUCCAAAUAACUAAAUCAUACCCUCAGAGCUUUAAGGUGUGGUUUCAAUUAAAGAGAGCUGUGUAAAGCGGUCUUUUGGUGAAGCCUGGUAUUUUUACAACUUUGUUGUUCUUGAAAUACUUGCGCUACAUAAGAAGUGUUCAGCUUCCAACUUUCUCAGAGUGUGAUUGCGAGUGCUCUUUCUGGAUCCUUGUAUGAAAUAUUGUGAAACAUUCCUGAAGGAAUGGCACACAUUGCCAGUUAGUCUUCUCAGGUCAAACCCCUCUGAAGUGACUUGAAUCAUUUUAACACCUUACCAGAAUAGAAUAAUCACACAACCUCUCCUCCCCUUCAUGAGAGCUUUGCAAAGUACACUCUCCCAAAGAAGCAGGGAGGUAGGAAAAGUACUUAUUAUUAUUUAUUUUAUAUGCAUCACUGAAACUCUGUAACCCAGUAAUAACACAUUUUAAAGCCCUUCUGUAUGAGUAUUGAUGUGUCUGUGUUUGUAUGUUUGUCAAGGGAAUCACCCCCUGCAUUAGGUUUUUUCUUUGGGGAUUCAGGGCGCAGCGGUCAAGGGUUUGAUGCCCCAUUAACGGAAUACGUCAUGUGUUGUCAUUUGGACUGUUUUUUUAAACAUGUACUUAAGAACCAACAUGUCAUAUUUUCUACCCUCUUGCUAAAGACAUGCUAGAAGUCUCAUUUUUCUAUUAUGCACACAUUUUGAAACAAUUUGGUUUAGAAAAUGUAUUGUUUAGCUAUUUCUUGCCAGCUCAAACCGCAAAGGAGCAUUGUACUAAUGUCCUUGAGCGGAUGGGUUAUUGCCUAAUGAAUUCCCAUUGAUAAAUCCCAAUAAAACCUUGUUUCUCCAUAGAUGACAGAGGGACAAGGGAUAUAACAGUAAACUGCUGUAACUGUCAUACUGUACUGUAGUCAUUUUGCAGUAAUAUUGAUCCUGAUUUUGGUUUUGUACUUGAACAACUGCAUUCACAAUGAAAUGGAUUAAAAACAAUGACAUUUUUGUACAAAGUAUCAAAACCUAAGUUAGCAUCAAACCCUGUCCUUGUUGUGUGUCCAUUGCUGUAUGUUUUUUCAAUGGUGUUGAAAUCUCAUUGUUGUUCAGGCUAUUAUGUGCUGCAGUAUUUCCUAGUAUACUUCUUUGUUAAUUGUCUCUCUCAUUUACAUUUAUUGGGGAUUUUUUAAAGUGUGUUUGUCUCCUUAAUAUCUGUUGAUAUAGCUUUAUAUGUACCAUAUUCCUUAGAAUAAUAUUAUUGAGUAUGUUGUGAGAAUGGAUAUUUUACUGGCUUUAUAGAAUGUUUAAAGAAAUAUAAUAAUGAGAAUAAGAAGAAUGAUUAAUUGAACUCCUAACAAGUUGAGUACUUGGCUACUAAGCGCUUGUGUUACCAUUAAGAUGUUGUGUGCUUCUCUUAAUCAUUUUCGUUGUAGAAAAAUUGAGUGAAUUUAAAAUAGACUUCAAAAAAAACAAAUGAUAGCAUUGUACAUUUACAGGAGGAUUUUAAUUGACAACUUGGUCAUAGAAGAAAAUACUUAUUUUAAUUGCCCUCUUUACUAACUGUAGGGUGAAGGGGCUGGCAUUGUGGUGAACUAUGUUCUAGCUUGUUAUUCACUGUUACUUUUGAUCAUUUCUUCGGUCUCCGAGGUGAAUCGAGUUAUUCAUGAGAAUUUGUAUGCUCACAUAUGCAUAUUGUAUAUGUGUAGAAAUGUAAUCACACUUUGUCUUGGAUUUACAUUAAACUGUUAAGUCACGGCACCAGUC